UUUAACAUUGCCACUCACACAGGGAUUACGUCUGAAACGAGCGCUGACGAGUUCUGGGCGUGAGCUACAGACUAACACGGAGCAUGUUUUUCUCGUCUGGAGUAUAUAACCAAAGUAGAUUCAGAUAUUGUCAGACAGCACUUUCUUUUGGGGGACGUCUGGAUACCUCACAAACGAGGAUGAUGCAGCAUAACCUUUGCAAGUGACAUCCAAAUCAUGAUACCACCACCGCCACCACCACCACCUAAUGCCCCACCUCCCCCUCCUCCUCCACCCCCUGCCCUCUUCUCUGAUGGAGGCUCGUUUACCAGAGGCCCAAUGCGGGCUUCUAGAAUGCGUAAUUUCAAUUGGGAGGCCAUUCCUAAGGACACUGUGCUUGGCAAACAUAACAUAUGGACAGCUGAGAAGACCAGUGAGUUUGAGUUGGACACCAAAGGUAUGGAGGAGUUAUUCAGCCGCAAUGAUCAGAAGCUGGUCCAGGCCACAAACCGCCGCAGUGUACGCCAGUCCCCGAGCAAUACCUCAGGACCCGAAAAGGUGACCAUCCUCAACUCCAAGAAGAACAUGAAUAUUGGUAUCUUCCUCAAGCAGUUCAAAAGGUCUGUGAGUGGAAUGAUUGAUGACAUUAUCAAUGGCAGAGGAGAAAGAUUUGGAACCGGGAAACUGAAAGAGUUGUGCAAACUACUGCCAGAGGAUGGAGAGGUGCGUCAGCUUCUUGAUUUUAAAGGAGACUAUUCAACUCUCUCUGAAGCAGAUCGGUUCAUGGUACAACUUGUCAAAGUUCCUUGCUAUGAGGAACGGUUGAACAGUUUAGUACUCAAAGAGGAAUUCCCCCAUUUUAUGGAUGAAGCGAAUCACUCCAUUGCAGUUAUGACCUCUGCUGGACAAGAGCUGCUGGAAUGUGCUGAUCUACAUGCAGUCAUUCGCCUGGUCUUGAAGACAGGAAACUACAUGAACUCUGGAGGGUACGCUGGCAGCGCGGUGGGAUUCCGGAUAACGUCUCUUCUCAAACUAGCAGAUACCAAAGCCAACAAGCCUGGAAUGAACCUCAUGCACUAUGUUGCAAUGCAAGCCCAGAAGAUUGAUGCAUUGCUGCUGAAGUUCCCAGAGCACCUACAGCACAUUGGAGAUGCAGCAAAGAUACAUAAGCAGGAAAUUGAGUCUGAUUUCCAAAAGGAAGUGAAUAGAGUCCAGGUGGCAAAGCAGAAUGCUAGUAAACAGCCAGAUCUGGAAGAACAGAUGAGGGAUUUUCUGCAGAAUGCAGACACCAUGUUAAAGGAGACCGAGGUGGCCUUCAAAAACCUUUCUGCCGUGAGUGAUUCGGUAGCGGAGUAUUUCUGUGAGGAUCCAACUCAGUUCAAACUAGAGGAGUGUUGCUCCAUUUUCUACUCUUUCUGUGAGAAGUUCAAACGAGCGGUUCAGGAGAAUCUUGAACGAGAAAUGGUAGAGGUGAAGCGCAGACAGCGAGAGCAUACUCAGACCGCGGCCAAGCGACGUUCCACCGCCACCUGCUCCUCACGAGACAAAGACAUUGAAGGAGUUGCUCUGGAGUCCAUCCUACAGAGGUUCAACAGUCGCCAAUCCCGCCGUAGAGUCGGGACCAGUUCCUCCUCACGGUGCAAUCUAAUUGAGACCACCAUUCCGGAGAAACGCACCACUGACACCAAUGAGGUCAAGAGAGACCGCUGGAUCAAAAGGGCCAUGCAAUCCCCUUUGAUCAAUGAGAGCACUGAUAAAGAUGAGACGCCCAAGCACCCAGAGAUUACAACCUCAAACCCGGAGCAGAAAAGUGUAGAUUCCUCAAUCAAUCAACGUGUCUCUGUAUUCACGGUGCAGGAGGAGGAAGACGUGCAGACAGAGAUAGAAGUGCAAAAUAUGAGAGAGCUGUCACGGAAAGUUUUGCGAUACCAGUCCAGUCGAAGUAGCGUUUCAUCCGGCGAGGCCCUGUCACCGAUCCUCUCUCCCAGUCAGACGUUCUUUCAGGAAGACAGAAGACUGCUGAUCGUGACCAUAGAAGAAAACACCUCUAAAUCCAGCUCUCUGCUGCAGAACGGCCAGAUCAUCAAUCGCCGGCACACAAUCGCACUUCCCGAAGCCAGCUGUGGAAAUAGCAGCCAAGAGGAUCUAUUUGUGCCUAGUAAUCUAAAUGCAUCUCCGGCUCCCUCUAUAGGUGUUAUUGGAAAAGGGAAAUCUGUGGAUUGUGGUAUGAUUGCCACAUUGCAAAACUCUACAGAGACUGUUGAAGAUUCAGACACCAAGCCACUUAAUUCUCAAGAGGAAUCACAAUCUGUUGACUCAACACAAUCACAAUCGGUCGAGCCGGAGGUGAAGACUGAAGAGACAGUGCCUAGCUUGCAGUUUAGUAUUGGGAAGAGAAAUAGCCAAACAAUAUCAUUUAAAAGCACUAAAGAGGGCUUCAGCCUUAUGUCUUUAUUUAAGCGUUGGCGUGAAAAAGACAAAUCAAAAGAGCUUGAUUCUGACAGUGUAGACCCAUGAUCUUAAAAAAAAUCUGUUGUUUUCUAUUUAAUCGGGCAUUCAUGCUAGGUGUCAUGCUGUGUUUAUGGAAAACAAGCUUGGUGCUUUGUCACUGUUGCUUGCUGAAACAGUGAAUAGACAUUUAUUUCCAUGUCUACUAUAAAAGGAGAAAAAAUAAUGCACAUGAAAUUACACAGCAUCUAAACAGUGUUGAGAUCAGUAGAAAAUGAGGUAUUUUUCCCGCAGUGUGCUUGCUUCAACACAAGGGGGCAGUACAUGACAUCUGUAUCUGCAAAAAAUGAACCAUUCACAAUGCCAAGACUGAGUAAUUAUCCUUAUUUCAUAUUAUAUACUAAGCAAUCAAAAUAGCUGGUAAACCUUUGAACCUUUGAAAAUAUGUACUUUUUUGAGUACACAUACAAUGUAUUGCCUGAUGAAGAAUUUAAUGUUUUAUUAGCCUACUAUUAAUUGUUGUUAUUAUUAUUAUUAUUAUUAUUAUUCUAUUGAUCUGAUGUGGCUCGUACCACAUCAUAUUUCUGAAAAUUGCCUCUGAAUGGUCAUUGUAGGUCUGAAAUGAUGACAGACCAGUCCACGGAUCAAAACACUCGCCUACAUGAUGAAAUUGGGAAUAGAGAGUUUCAUGUAAUUUGUGGUUUUCAGUGCUCUAGAAAUGAAAGAAGGCCUUUUAUUUGAGUCAUUGCUGGUAUAACCUCUGCAUUUGAUUCUCAAUAUAAGAUUUCUAGAAAAUUCAGAGACCAUGUUCCAGUUAGGAGUAAAUCAUACACUAUGAUGUUUACGUGCAUUUUUAUAUGGUGUUAUUUUUCUGUUUUAGCCCAGCUAUAUUUAUCUUUGUGUGUGUGUGUGUGUGUGUGUAUGUUGAUGUGACUAUAACAAGAUCUCCUGUGCUACUUGAUGGUCGUGAAUGUUUUAGCCUGCUGAGCUUCUGACUAAUGAGGGGGCUUAUCCUCGAUAAAUCAUUGAGGCUUAGUUAGGGAGAAUAGAUAACGUCAUAGGGUCCCCAUAGGUCUGCAUUAGGUGGUCUAAGUGCCUUCUAGACAGCCCGAGACCCUGUGGGGGUGGAGUUUUGGGGGAAGGGGUGUUUGGCUGAUUGUGUGAGUGAAUCCUCAUCAGUUUCAAAGACCUGAGAAUAAAGGGUCAAGCAAUGAUUGAAUGUCACAACAUGCAAUGUUUAUAGGACAGCUGAUACUGAAAAUGUCUCUGUCCGAUUUAAAAAAGCUUUUAAAAAAAGCCAAGGAACUGUGUAAUGUGUAUGAUUCCAUGCUGUUACAGUACAUGUCUAAAUGCUGGAUGCUGUUUAUUUCUGAUGCUUGAAUUGUUUAGAGAUGUAUUUAAUUUCUUUAAAUAUAUAUGAAUAAACAGUUCAUAAAUUUAAUUACCGAAUUGUUGGAAUGAUCACAGUAUACUUUAUCACAGUAUAAAAAACACAAAAUUAUGAAAUUAUUAUAUAAAACACAACAUUUUGA